UACUUUGGAUGUAAACAUUGAAUUUUACAGUGUCGUAUUUUCAACGUUUGCAAAGCCAAAAGGAAUGUCAUCGAGAUACCAACAUAUCUGAGAUUACAAAUGGCAAAUACACAGGAUUUAGAAGUGUUUAGACAGAGAUGGAAAGAGGAAGUAAACAGAAAACAAAGCAACCAACAUAGAGGAAACGCGGACGGAGAGAGGAAUCGUAAUGAAGAGACUAAUUCAGCUUCAAGUUCUAGACAUCAUAACGUGGCAACACCACCAAAAAGUGUCAACAUAAAGUUAAAUGAUAACAUAAUCACCUCUAAUCCGAAUGAUGAUAGUUUGAACAGUAAACGGGAGGUGGCUUAUUAUCCGUUUAACAUUGUGUGUAAUCUGUUAAAAGAUGGACAAAAUCCUCAAUUAGAGAACCAACAGACUGGCAAUAAAGAAUCAGUUAUAAAUGAAAAGUGUCUAAAGAGACCUAAAGGUCGACAAUCAAAUGACAAGUCUGUCAAGAAGUUCAAACUGAAAGAUAUAUUCUCAAAUAAACAAAGUGUAAAUGAUGGAUCGGGCAAAAGCAAAGAAAGAAUAUUGGACAAAUUUAUUUCAGACUUGGAUGAGAUUAACGAAAUUCCAUUCUUUGACUUGUCCAUCCCAAGAGAAGUAGGAAUCAAAAUAUUCCAGCAUCUUAGUAUGCCAGAUUUAUGCAGGUGUGCCCAGGUCAGCAGGAGUUGGAAAAGCCUGGCUGAAGAUGAAUUCUUAUGGUGUAAGAUUUGCCACGAUCUUGGAUAUGAAGAGGAUGUUUUUACUAUAGAAAAAAUAAACUGGAAAGACAUAGUCAGGCAGAAUAUCAUGAGAAAAAGGAGUAUUCUCUCAAACUGGAAGGAGAGGAAGGGAGAUGUCCGACAACUUCAGCACCUACCUGGUGGAAUUCUGUGCUCUGUACACUCUUACCUCAACGUUGUUGCUGCAGGGUAUACAAAAGGAGAUAUCAAGGUAUGGGAUCUAGAAAAUGAAGAAGACUUCAUACUGCAGCCUUCUAACACAUCUCUCAUUAUAAACGAGGAGGAAGAGGAAGGCACCAUUACAAACUUUGUCAACCAGGUCGCCACGUCCAAAAAUAUGAUAGCUGCUGUCUUUCAACAAGGAAAUGUUGAUGCUUGGCAACUCCAGGGAAAUCAGACACAGCCCUGUUAUACAUUUGUUGACAGCCAUUCCAAAAAAAUAUCUCAUCUGUGUUUAUCAAACCUGUCAGACACCAUGGUAACAGCUGCUGGGCCAUUUGUUCAUAUGCACCAAAGGAAAUCUGGUUCAUUCCAGACACAACAAAUAGACGUUCAACAGUGGGUCCAGCAUAUUGAGCUGUUUGAGCCAUCAGCAGCCUCUCCACAUGUUGCUGUAUCCACAUGGUUUAAAGUCUCUUUAUACAAUAUGGAGACUCCAGACCACCAGUGUACGGAGAUACAUAACAUUAUAGAUCAGAACAUAUCAGCCAUUGAUGUAUCUGAGGAAAGUAAUAUUCUAGCAGUUGCUCUGAAGCAGAAGGUAAAGAUGUAUGACAUUCAUUCAAAGAGGGAGAUACAGGAUUUGUAUGGACACACCAGAGAAAUAUCGUGUAUGAAUUUACGAAACAGUCCCCUCAAUCAAAUAGUGACUGGAAGCGUAGAUAGAAGGGUGCGAGUUUAUGACAUCAGAACCAGUAAUCCUGUAGCUUCCUUCACGGGUCACAUGUACGAGGUCACUUCAGUACAGAUGGACGACUGGAAGGUGGUGUCGGGAGGAUUCGGGGGGUUUGUUUAUGUGUGGGACCUCCGCAUGGCUCGUAAACUUUGGGAAAUUCACAGCAGACACCCUGUUAGACACUGUAAAUUUUCAGAAGACAAGCUAAUAGUUGGAAAUGUACCAUCUUCAAAAUUCCCUGUUGUUGAUGAAUAUGAGAACAUCACCCAUAGAAAAUACAGGGGAGGGAUACAGGUGUACGAUUUCUCCAGGGACCAGCUGACAGAGGGAGUACCUGACAUCUGCCUAUCUACCUAUGAUGAACCGAGUGCUUCCAGCUACAACAUGGCCUUAGUGAAUCCAUACGACAAAAUAUGAGGGCAUUUAUAAACAAUUAUAUGAGA